AUGACAGAUAUGGAUACCGCUUUAUACGUGGCCAACACUGCUGUCAACACCGUGCUCAUAUUUAUAGAUGUAGCCAUCAUAUUUAUGGCCAUCAAGACGAAAGAAAUCACUGAAAAGCUUAUUCUGUGGACAAUUUUUCUAUGUAUGGGAUUGGACAUUGCUAAGUACUUGAACACAAUGAUUCACGAUGUACCCAGUUAUUUCAUGGACGACGAUCUUUUCAAAACCCCACAGCAAGCUUACCUUUCAACUCUCAUCAUCGUUCUGCAAUGGUAUAGCCAACUGUUCGCCUUAUUGGUGCUCUCAGUCCUUCACUUUAUAGCUGCAUUUUCCCCAGCGAAUUUUCGAACAAUAUCGUCACGACAUAUGCAUAUGAUCAACCUUUUUCUUGUCCUUAUCGGUAUCUCACUCGCAGAUAAAUUACAGACAAUCUGCGCAGUUGUGGUGGCUGCUGCCGACAUAGCCAUUAUUUGGAAAAUUCGUACGCUUCGAAUCGCCGUGACGAAGAUGCCCAUCCCUUCUCUUCCUGUCGAUAACACAGUGAUGGAAACGAGAGCUCACAGAGAGCACAAAGCUCAGAGUAUCAAUCGUGAAAUUCGACUAGCCAUGAACUUCCUACUCUUGAGUGCAUGCUUCCUAAUCAUGACAAUUGCCUGGAACCUUCAACUUCGUCACGAAAUCUGGUACGAUUUACUCCUCAAAUUUACGAGUAACCUGAACCUCUCGAAAUGGGCAAUCUACACUUUGGGAAAUGCAAAGAUACGGCAAGGUUUGCUGGCUCUUUGCAGAUGUCGCCACGUCAACACGUCGACGACGUUAUCCGCUGUGAAAAUUUCACCGUUACGAUGA